UCAUAUUCAUAUCAUACUACUCUCUUAAGCCCUAUAACCUUCUAAACCAUUAAGAGGCUUUGCUCCAUUACUAGAAGAAAAAAAUGCCUGUCGACGGGAAACUCGUCUGCGUCACCGGAGCCGGCGGCUACAUUGCUUCUUGGAUCGUUAAGUUACUCUUAGAGAGAGGCUACACAGUUAGAGGAACCGUAAGGAACCCAUCUGAUCCCAAGAACAAUCAUCUCAGAGAGCUUCAAGGAGCCAAAGAAAGACUCACUCUUCACAGUGCAGAUCUUCUCGACUACGAAGCUCUCUGUGCCACAAUCGACGGUUGCGAUGGCGUUUUCCACACCGCUUCUCCGAUGACCGAUGAUCCCGAGACAAUGUUGGAGCCGGCGGUGAACGGAGCCAAGUUCGUGAUUGACGCAGCGGCUAAAGCCAAGGUCAAGCGCGUGGUUUUCACAUCAUCAAUUGGUGCAGUUUACAUGAACCCUAACCGUGACCCUCAAGCCAUAGUUGACGAAAACUGCUGGAGCGAUCUCGAUUUCUGCAAAAACACAAAGAAUUGGUAUUGCUACGGGAAGAUGGUGGCGGAACAAUCCGCGUGGGAGACGGCGAAGGCAAAAGGUGUGGACUUAGUGGUGCUAAAUCCGGUUUUGGUUCUCGGACCACCGCUCCAGUCAGCGAUCAACGCCAGUCUAGUCCAUAUUCUCAAGUACCUCACCGGCUCAGCCAAGACCUACGCUAACUUGACUCAGGUCUACGUGGACGUCCGUGACGUGGCACUAGCCCAUGUUAUGGUCUACGAAGCACCCUCCGCCUCAGGCCGUUACAUCCUCGCCGAGACCGCCCUUCACCGCGGCGAGGUUGUUGAUAUUUUGGCUAAAUUCUUCCCGGAGUAUCCACUUCCCACCAAGUGUUCGGACGAGAAGAAUCCGAGGGCUAAGCCAUACAAGUUUACUACCCAAAAGAUAAAAGACUUAGGCUUGGAAUUUAAACCCAUUAAGCAAUCUCUUUACGAAUCUGUCAAGAGCUUGCAAGAGAAAGGUCAUCUUCCUCUUCCUCAAGAUUCGAACCAAAACGAAGUCAUCAUCGAAUCUUAGAACACAUCCACGACCCUAGAAUACGAUCAUACCCACAUAAAAAGCUUUAUUCUGAAGUUAUACAUACGUUUGAUUUUGACUAAAUUAUUGAUAUAUCUUAAAUCAUUAUAUAUAGCUGAUUGUUCUUUCUU